AUUAUGUCAAGAAAUAAACUUUGAAAGUGCUUUGUCAAUUUAACAUUUAACAUGAUCAAACAACCAAUUUCUACAGAAUUUUAGAAUUAAUUUAUAAUAAAUUACCCAAAUUCUAUGUUACUAUUAAAGUAUUAAUAUGUCUGCAACAGAGGGUGAUUCUGUAUAUGAAAGUCAACCACACAUAAUAUGUUUUAAUGAAAUCAAAGAAGCUGUUGAAAGAAAUCAUGAUGGAAUUAUACACACACCACUCUGUGAAGCCAAGCUAAGUAAAUACAUGGAUUAUGAUAUAUACUUAAAAUGUGAAAAUUUACAAUACACUGGCAGCUGUGCUGAACGUGGAGUUCGAAAUGCUUUUAUAGCAAACAAAGAAGACAUGACAAACAGAGGAGUGAUUGUACCUUCCAACGGAAAUACAGCCCUCGCUGCAGCAUACCACGGAAAUUCCUUGAGUAUACCUGUGACAGUGGUGAUGCCGGAGCGUACGCCCUCCGCCAGCUCCCAGCGCUGCGCCGAGCUCGGGGCUGAUGUAAUCCUGUACGGUGAAUCUACAGACGACGUCAUUCAAUAUGCGACCAAAAUUAACUCGGAUUUUAAUCAUUAUUUAAUAAGCCCCGACGAUCCCGAAGUGAUAGCAGGUUUGGGCACGGUGGGCAUAGAGAUCAUCACGCAGCUGCCGGAGACAGAUGCUGUGAUAGUGCCGGUGGGGGGCGGAGCCCUGCUGGCAGGCACCAUCGUGGCCUGCAAGAAACUCAAGUGCUCGUGUCUCGUCUAUGGUGCCGAGUGUGCUAAAGUACCAACUAUGAUGAAGUCGCUACAAGCGGGGAAGCCGGUCAAAGUUUCACCAGUAACGAACUUGGCACAAGGGCUCAACGCAUCCGUCGUUGGUGACAACGCCUUCGCAACGAUCAAGGGAAGACUCGAUAGAAUGCUGCUCGUCGACGAGUCGUACAUAGCCAAGGCUAUAAUAAGCGUGUUGGAGCGCGAGAGACUGGUUGUGGACGGCGCGGGAGUUUGCGCGCUCGCUGCGGUCAUGCAGGGGUUAGUGCCGGAGCUGCGGGGAAAACGAACCGUUUGCAUUCUAAGCGGUGGAAACAUAGACUCAGGUUUACUGGCACGAACCAUUCAACGCGGACUCGGCGCCAGUGGUAGGCUGUUGAGAUUCGCGGUUCCCAUCCCUGACCAUCGCAGCGGGCUGGACCGGGUCGCCAAUGUCCUGGCAGACGAAAACGCUGUUCUCAAGAGUUUGGUCACAGAACAGAUGUGGGUUCAUAGCGACGUCAGCUCUACUUGGGGAAACUUUGUAGUUGAAGUUGCAAAUGCAGAACAUUCCUUACAUUUGAAGGACCGAAUCCAAGAGUUUUACCCUUCUGCCAGAUUUGCAAUAACUGAUGUGGAUAAACAGAAGAAAAAUUAAUCACAAACUUUGUCUGCUUACAUAACUUUAGUACAAAUGUUAAAUACAAUUUCCAAAUUU